GGGGUGGGGGUGGUUCCGGGCGGACACACGCGCUCCCGCGCCCGGAGCGGCGGCGCCGAGGCUGCUCUUCCCCGGCCGGACGGAGAGCGGCAGUGUCUCCCCGCCCGGCGCGCUCGCCCCGCGUCUCCCCCCGAGGCGCGACUGCUCCUCCUCGGCUCCGCCGGCCCCAGGCGCUCCGGGGCGGGCGGCGGCGGCGGGACCCGCGGAGCCGCUUUGUGUGGCAGCCCGCGAGGGCGGCGGCGGCGGCGGCGGCGCAACCACCUGACAGAGGCCCGGCGGCCGGCGCCCCUUCCGCCCGCAUGAGGAGGAGAGGCCGGUAGAGGACCGUGGAAGAAAAGUUGUCCCCCAGGAUGGACUUCACCGCGCAGCCCAAGCCUGCCACUGCCCUCUGCGGCGUCGUGAGCGCCGACGGCAAGAUCGCCUACCCUCCCGGGGUGAAGGAGAUCACCGACAAGAUCACCACGGACGAGAUGAUCAAGCGGCUGAAGAUGGUAGUAAAAACUUUUAUGGAUAUGGAUCAGGAUUCAGAAGAUGAAAAACAACAAUAUCUCCCACUAGCCUUGCAUCUUGCAUCUGAAUUUUUCCUCAGGAAUCCCAAUAAAGAUGUCCGUCUCCUUGUAGCUUGUUGUUUGGCUGACAUAUUUCGAAUCUAUGCUCCAGAAGCUCCAUAUACUUCCCAUGAUAAACUUAAGGACAUAUUUUUGUUCAUUACCAGACAAUUAAAAGGUUUAGAGGAUACAAAGAGUCCACAGUUUAAUAGAUACUUUUAUUUAUUAGAGAAUUUAGCUUGGGUUAAAUCAUAUAACAUCUGCUUUGAAUUGGAAGAUUGCAAUGAAAUUUUUAUUCAGCUUUUUAGAACUCUCUUCUCAGUGAUCAACAAUAGCCACAAUAAGAAGGUACAAAUGCACAUGCUAGAUUUGAUGAGUUCUAUCAUCAUGGAAGGUGAUGGAGUGUCUCAAGAAUUAUUGGAUUCCAUUCUUAUUAAUCUCAUCCCUGCACACAAGAACUUAAAUAAACAAUCCUUUGACCUCGCAAAAGUCCUAUUGAAAAGGACAGUCCAGACUAUUGAGGCAUGCAUUGCCAAUUUUUUCAACCAAGUCCUGGUGCUCGGAAAGUCAUCAGUAAGUGAUUUGUCAGAACACGUGUUUGAUCUGAUUCAGGAACUUUUUGCUAUAGAUCCUCAUUUGUUAUUGUCUGUCAUGCCACAGCUUGAAUUCAAACUGAAGAGCAAUGAUGGAGAAGAGCGAUUAGCUGUUGUUCGACUUUUAGCUAAAUUGUUUGGUUCUAAAGAUUCUGAUUUAGCAACUCAGAAUCGUCCACUUUGGCAGUGUUUUCUUGGACGAUUUAAUGACAUUCAUGUUCCUGUGAGAUUAGAAAGUGUGAAAUUUGCAAGUCACUGUUUAAUGAAUCACCCAGAUUUAGCAAAGGAUCUCACAGAAUAUCUGAAAGUUAGAUCACAUGAUCCGGAAGAAGCUAUUCGUCAUGAUGUUAUUGUUACUAUAAUAACAGCUGCCAAAAGAGAUCUUACGUUAGUUAAUGAUCAACUCCUUGGCUUUGUAAGAGAAAGAACUCUGGAUAAACGGUGGCGGGUAAGAAAAGAAGCAAUGAUGGGUCUGGCUCAGCUUUAUAAGAAAUACUGUCUUCAUGGUGAAGCAGGAAAGGAAGCUGCGGAGAAAGUGAGCUGGAUAAAGGACAAACUUUUGCAUAUUUAUUAUCAGAAUAGCAUCGAUGACAAACUAUUAGUAGAGAAAAUCUUUGCUCAGUAUCUUGUUCCCCAUAACCUGGAAACCGAAGAGAGAAUGAAGUGCUUAUAUUAUUUAUAUGCUAGUCUGGAUCCAAAUGCAGUCAAAGCCCUCAAUGAAAUGUGGAAGUGUCAGAAUAUGCUUAGAAGUCAUGUACGGGAACUAUUGGAUUUGCACAAGCAACCUACAUCAGAGGCUAACUGUUCUGCCAUGUUUGGAAAACUGAUGACAAUAGCAAAAAAUUUACCUGACCCUGGAAAAGCACAAGAUUUUGUGAAGAAAUUCAACCAGGUUCUUGGUGAUGAUGAGAAACUGAGGUCUCAAUUGGAGUUAUUAAUCAGCCCAACGUGUUCCUGCAAACAGGCAGAUGUUUGUGUGAGAGAAAUUGCUCGAAAACUUGCCAAUCCUAAGCAACCAACAAAUCCUUUUCUAGAGAUGGUCAAAUUUCUGCUGGAAAGAAUUGCACCUGUGCAUAUUGAUUCUGAAGCCAUAAGUGCACUCGUAAAACUGAUGAAUAAAUCAAUAGAAGGGACUGCAGAUGAUGAAGAGGAGGGUGUAAGUCCAGAUACAGCUAUUCGUUCUGGACUUGAACUUCUUAAGGUUCUGUCUUUCACACAUCCUACCUCGUUCCACUCUGCAGAGACAUAUGAGUCCCUGUUACAGUGCCUCAGAAUGGAAGAUGACAAGGUAGCAGAAGCUGCUAUACAAAUUUUUAGAAAUACAGGCCACAAGAUAGAAACCGACCUACCCCAGAUACGAUCGACCCUAAUACCCAUUUUACAUCAGAAAGCAAAGAGAGGUACUCCACAUCAAGCAAAACAGGCUGUUCAUUGUAUACAUGCCAUAUUCACUAAUAAGGAAGUUCAGCUUGCACAGAUUUUUGAGCCACUUAGUAGGAGUCUGAAUGCUGAUGUACCAGAACAACUUAUAACUCCAUUGGUUUCAUUGGGUCAUAUUUCUAUGUUAGCACCAGAUCAGUUUGCUUCCCCAAUGAAAUCUGUAGUAGCAAAUUUCAUUGUGAAAGACCUUCUAAUGAAUGACAGGUCAACAGGUGAGAAGAAUGGAAAAUUAUGGUCUCCAGAUGAAGAAGUUUCUCCUGAAGUACUAGCAAAGGUACAAGCAAUUAAACUUCUGGUAAGGUGGCUGUUGGGUAUGAAAAACAACCAGUCUAAAUCUGCCAAUUCAACCCUUCGAUUAUUAUCAGCAAUGUUGGUGAGUGAAGGUGACCUGACAGAGCAAAAGAGGAUCAGUAAGUCUGAUAUGUCUCGCUUGCGAUUAGCUGCUGGUAGUGCCAUAAUGAAGCUUGCUCAGGAACCUUGUUACCAUGAGAUCAUAACCCCAGAACAGUUUCAGCUCUGUGCACUCGUUAUCAACGACGAGUGCUACCAAGUAAGACAGAUAUUCGCUCAGAAGCUUCAUAAGGCACUUGUGAAGUUACUUCUUCCAUUGGAAUAUAUGGCGAUCUUUGCCUUAUGUGCCAAAGAUCCUGUGAAAGAGAGAAGAGCACAUGCAAGACAGUGCUUGCUGAAAAAUAUCAGUAUACGCAGAGAGUACAUUAAACAAAAUCCCAUGGCUACUGAGAAAUUACUUUCACUAUUGCCUGAAUAUGUAGUUCCAUAUAUGAUUCACCUACUAGCCCAUGAUCCAGAUUUUACAAGAUCACAGGAUGUUGAUCAACUUCGUGAUAUUAAAGAGUGCCUAUGGUUCAUGCUUGAAGUUUUAAUGACGAAGAAUGAAAACAAUAGCCAUGCCUUUAUGAAGAAGAUGGCAGAGAACAUCAAGUUAACAAAAGAUGCCCAAUCUCCAGAUGAAUCCAAGACAAAUGAAAAACUUUAUACAGUAUGUGAUGUGGCUCUGUGUGUUAUAAACAGCAAAAGUGCUUUGUGCAAUGCAGAUUCACCAAAGGAUCCAGUCCUUCCAAUGAAAUUUUUCACACAACCUGAAAAGGAUUUCUCUAAUGACAAGAGCUAUAUUUCAGAAGAAACAAGAGUACUUUUACUAACAGGAAAGCCAAAACCUGCUGGAGUCCUGGGUGCAGUAAACAAGCCUUUAUCAGCAACGGGAAGGAAACCAUAUGUUAGAAGCACUGGACCUGAGACUGGAAGCAAUAUCAGUGUAAAUUCAGAAUUGAACCCAUCAACUGGAAAUCGAACAAGGGAGCAGAGUUCAGAAACAGCUGAAACUGGAGUUAGUGAAAAUGAAGAAAACCCUGUGAGAAUUAUUUCUGUUACACCUGUGAAAAAUACUGACCCAGUAAAAAAUAAGGAAAUUAAUUCGGAUCAGGCUUCCCAGGGCAACAUCAGCAGUGACCGUGGAAAGAAAAGAACAGUAACAGCAGCUGGUGCCGAGAAUAUCCAACAAAAAACAGAUGACAAAGCUGAUGAAUCAGGACCACCUACCCCUUCAAAACCCAGGAGAGGACGUCGACCGAAGUCUGAAUCUCAGGGCAAUGCAACCAAAAAUGAUGAUACAAAUAAACCUCUUAGCAAGGGGAGAAAGAGAGGAGCAGUCAGUCAGGAAGGCCCAGGCGGGUUGGAAGCAGGUAAUGCCAAAGCACCCAAACUGCAAGAUGCCACCAAAAAGGCAGCACCAGCGGAACGACAGAUAGACCUCCAAAGGUAAAAAAGAAAACUCAUUCUAAAGGGAGGAAAUGAAGGCCAAACAGAAGCCAUCUCCAGCUUCUACAGAAAUUUGGAUUCACAAUGUCCCUGAACUGAUAAUGGAGUGAACUUCGGAACACACACUUUCUGCCUUGAAAGCUGAAGGAAAUGCUUACUUCUUUUCCAUGACCACAGUACUUGGAUGGGAGUAUACAGCAGAAACUCUUAAGAGAGGCUAAAAGCAACUCUUUUCUACCCUCCCCCCCUUCCCAGACUUUUCUUCUGAAAAGUCAAUAAUUAAGCAAAUUGCUUAACACUUGGUUCCAGUUACCACAUAUCUGGAGUUGAAAGGCAUAAUCCACAAUUGAUUCCAUGCUGCAGUUUUUAUUUUUGAAGAAAGUAUAAUAGGAUGUCCUUACACUGACACUGAAUUUUUAUCCGUUCUAGAGCCAGGAAUUCCCAUGUUACACAGGAAAAAAGGAAGAAAAAAAAGAUGUCUACUGAAUUAAAUUUUUAGAAGAGAUCAGAUUAAAUAUUUCUUUGUUUUUCCUUUUGGAAACUUUUAUGUAUAAUUCUGCCUGCCUACUUUUCUGCAAAAAUGAGAUGUACAGAUUUCAGUUCCCUGCUAUGAAAAGUGAUGUGGCGAUUUUACAAAUGUUGCUUUCUGAUUUUUAUCAGAGUGAGAAAAUAAUGAAAUUAAUAUUGAUUUAGUAUCACUUCAUAUUUUGAUUUCCCUCCAUUUUAGUUUAAUAUAAUUUGCAAUAAAUGUACAUAUGAUUGUUUCAUAAAGCAUAUCACUUUGAAAUGGUUUUUACUCUGUGAUCAUGUUGGAAUACUUGGAAUUUUAAGGAGUAGAGACUGUCCAGCAUUUGGUUUUAUAAUGUUUUGUCAACCAGAUUUUUAUUAAUGUACAAAACAGUACUUUUUUUUUUUUUUUUUUUUUUAGUUAGAGUUUGGCAGCUUUGUAAGGAAAGUCGGAGGUGUUCAGGACCGGUAUCAAUCCUCAGCAUUGUGCUAUUGGGAAAUAAGUGUUUUGCUUUUCUUUGCCAGUCUGGGCUCAGUUUUUGUUUAUUUUAGAAGUCAACUGUUGCAUCAAUAUAUUACUUCUUGGCAUUGUUCAGCAUAGGUAAUGUGUACACUUUGUGUGUGCACAUAAUCGUAUUUAAGUUUUUACAUAAAAUAAAUGCUUCUAGAUGUCAUAUGGUAGUCUUUUAAUCUUUUUAUCAUACUAUAUUUUCUUGUGGAUUUUUUUAUGUGAAAGGGCUAUUAAAGAACAAGAUUACAGUCAAUUCUCAUUAUCUAUAAUAGUGGCUAUCCUUGCCACAGUUUUCAAAAUUUUUCAGUGACCAUUUUCUUAAAAUGAUUAAGGCAGAACCCAGGAGAGAGCUUAAAAGGCUAGCACAUUCAGUAGGCCCAGAUGUGACCCCAAACAAAGAAAUGAAAGGCCGGGGCUGGAGAGAUAGCACAGCGGGUAGGGCGUUUGCCUUGCACGCGGCCGACCCGGGUUCAAAUCCCAGCAUCCCAUAUGGUCCCCUGAGCACGGCCAGGGUUAAUUCCUGAGUGCAGAGCCAGGAGUAACCCCUGUGCAUCGCCAGGUGUGACCCAAAAAGCAAAAAAAAAGAAAAAAAGAAAUGAAAGGCCUACUUAAAGAAUUGCUCCAGGAAUGUUGAAAAUAGUUCGUUUUCACAGCUGCAGACUAUUCCCAUCCCUGGCUUAGACUCUUUCCCAUUGCCCUAGUUGAAUGUGCUUAUUCGGUUUGCUAUGAAAAAGUGUGGGCUAGUAGACAUAAACAUCUGCACUAUAACUUGAUCUUAACAGACUAGGGUCUGCAUGAGAAAUAAACCAAGUUCUGUCACAACCAGACAGUGACGUUGCUGGUGAGAGUCCCUUAUCUUCAUAGAUAAUGAAGAGUUGACUGUAUAUUGAUCCUGAAUGAAAGCUGGGUAUUCUUUUAAAUAUGAACACACAUUUAGGUUUCAUGAUGGUUAGGGAACAUGGAUCCCAAUGAGAGGAAACUUUUUUAAAGGGGCAGAAAAAAUCCUGCCAUUCUGUGUUGCCUCUUUCUACCCCUUUUGAAGGAAAGUAUAUAAGGUAUUGCCUCCAACGUGCUGAAAAAGGAGUAUCUAUGCAUAAGCAUCCGGAGUCCCUCACACAGUCAGUGGGUGUGUUUCAUUUAGGAAGAUUUUAAUGUUCUUUUAGCAUCAGACAACUUUAUUCCUGAGGCCACCAAGUAGGAACAUUAGUAGGAACUGUCUUUCUGAACUCCUUUUGACUAAGUACUUAGCCUCACAGUCGACUGGAUUACCUGGUUAAAUCCUACUUAACAGUGUAGCAGAAUCACAUGCAUCAGUUAGUGGCUGCUUAGGUCAUUUUGAGGAGAGGAGUUAGCUGAGCAUGGCCCACCCCAAUUCUGUGGCCCAGGGUGCCAGCGUCUGGCACUAGGGCAGUCAGAGAGGAUAGGUUAAGCUGAUGUGGAGGGACUUCUUUAAAAGGAAUUUUUCGGUUUUCCUUUGAAAAAGAAAAACUGUAAAAUCCCUUCAGAAUUUGGUAUUCACAUCUCAGAGAAAUACAACACAAAGUGCAGACUUAUAUUUGAGAAUUGAUGUUAACCCUUUGUGUCUAGUUUAAAGCUUCUUGUAUUUGUCUAAAACUACAAGCCAGAAUUUUGUAUCUCCUUUGAUAAAAAGUGUGUAUAAUGUAAAGUAGUUUUGCAUAUUCUUGUGCUGCACAUGGGCUGAAUUUUUAAAAAGUUUUUUAAAGACUUGAAGCAGAACCUUGUAAUUUGUGUAAAUGACAAGUGUAAAAUCCUACCAUAAAAUGCUAAAACUUGCAUUGUUUGAAAUAAAACCAAGAAAUGCAGCAUUAUAUAGUAGUGUGGACC